AUGCCCACACCGCAGCCGCCCCAUGUUAUCGAGCUGCAAGGUGAUUCAAGAGCAGCGUAUCCGCUGGGAUUCGGGCAUGCUCACACGUAUAUACACCCUCGCGCAGUGCUGAUUGGUGAUGCAGCACAUCGCAUACAUCCACUGGCCGGUCAAGGUGUCAAUCUUGGUUAUCAUGACGUUAUUGUGCUCAAUCGUAUCCUCGGUCGGGCUGCGUUCGAAGGAGCGGAUCUUGGGUAA